GCCGACGGUGUCACCGUGCUGCAGCUGACUGAUCUGGGGACGUUUGGUGACAUGAAUAGAGCCAGCAAUCCGGAACCGGCGGCCGCCUUCUAGUGAGGGAAAUGUAGAGAGAUCAGAUAGGUGUGACACAGCGGAGUAAGCUCGUGACCUACCAGGCAGUGGGGUUAUUGAGUUGUGAAUAAGUGACAGACGAGACACGUGUUAGUGUAAUAGUGAGAGGUACUUGUGUACAGGUGACUUCAGACACAAGAGCUAGUCUCAGUGUUUUGGUGAGAGUUGUGAAUUAGUGACACAUGUAAUAGUGAGAUAUACCUGUGUACUGGUGACUAGACACGGGUGCUAGUGUCAGUGUAUUGGUGAGAGUUGUAAGUGACCGUCGAGACACGUGUUAGUGUAAUAGUGAGAGGCACUUGUGUACUGGUGACUAUAGACACAGGAGCUAGUGUCAGUGUAUUGGUGAGAGCUGUGAAUAAGUGACACGUAAUAGUGAGCUAUACCUGUGUACAUGUGACUAGACACAGGUGCUAGUGUCAGUGUAUUGGUGAGAGUUUUGAAUAAGUGACAGACACAUAAUAGUGAGAUAUAUCUGUGUACUCGUGACUGGACACAGGUGCUGGUGACAGUUGUGAAUGAGGGACACGUAAUAGUGAGAUAUACCUGUGUACAUGUGACGACACAGGUGGUAGUGUCAGUGUAUUGAUGACAGUUGUGACUAAGUGACAGACACAAUAGUGAGAUAUACCUAUGUACUGGUGACUAGACACAGGUGGUAGUGUCAGUGUAUUGGUGAGAGUUGUGAAUAAGUGACAGGUGCUCGUGAGAUAUACCUGUGUACAUGUGACUAGACACGGGUGUAGUGCCAGUGUAUUGGUGAGAGUUGUGAAUAAGUGAUUCACAUAAUAGUGAGAUUAACCUGUGUACAUGUGACUAGACACAGGUGGUAGUGUCAGCAUAUUGGUGUGAGUUGUGAAUAAGUGACAGACAUGUAAUGAUUUACCUGUGUACAGGUGACUAGACACAGGUGCUAGUGUCAGUGUAUUGGUGACAGUUGUGAAUAAGUGACAGGUAAUAGUGAGAUAUACCUGUAUACUGGUGACUAGACAGGGUGCUAGUGUCAGUGUAUUGGUGAGAGUUGUGAAUAAGUGACACGUAAUAGUGAGAUAUACCUGUGUACUGGUGACUAGACACGGGUGGUAGUGUCAGUAUAUUGGUUAGAGUUGUGAAUAAGUGACACGUAAUAGUGAGAUAUACCUGUGUACUGGUGACUAGACACGGGUGCUAGUGUCAGUGUAUUGGUGAGAGUUGUGAAUAAGUGACAGGUAAUAGUGAGAUAUACCUGUGUACUGGUGACUAGACACGGGUGCUAGUGUCAGUGUAGUGGUGACAGUUGUGAAUAAGUGACAGGUAAUAGUGAGAUAUACCUGUGUACUGGUGACUAGACACGGGUGCUAGUGUCAGUGUAGUGGUGACAGACACAUAAUAGUGAGAUACACCUGUGUACAGGUGACUAGACACGGGUGCUAGUGUCAGUGUAUUGGUGACAGUUGUGAAUAAGUGACAGACACAUAAUAGUGAGAUACACCUGUGUACAGGUGACCUGUGAUCCAUAGAGGAGUGUGUGUAGAAUGUCUUCGCUCUCCUUCCCCUUCUCUAGCUGUGCGUUGCGCUCUCUGCAGUUAGAGGCAGAGGAACUGCGGCGAUGGGAAAUUCGUAAAAGAAUAGGCCGCAUUGCUGUGAGACCCUCGCUCCAUAUACAGCCCCCACCCAGAGCUCCCCAGCAACCCCCCUGUCUCUGCACAGACCCGCUCAUCCACAGUGCACUUUUCAGUGGUAAUCUGGAUAUCCUGAAGGAGUACCUAGCUGCGGAGCACUCUGCAAACCUGCUGGUGCCGACGCGAGAGCACGAUCUGCGCUGGAGCAGUGAGCAGACGGGGAUCUGGUCUCUGACGUAUGAGGAGGAGCUCACCUGCCCUCUCUACAUCACUGCAAGCCGCGGGUACAUAGAUUGCCUCCAGCUGCUCCUCAGGAAGGGGGCAGAUGUGGACUUUGCUCCUAGUGGAGAAACCGCCUUACAUGGGGCUUGUGAAAAUUCCCAAACAGAAUGUGUGAGGGCCCUGCUCAGCUACGGGGCCAAUCCCAACGCCGAGUGUCAAGAGGGUUUGUUCCCUCUCCACCACUGCAAGACAUCCGAGUCCUACCAUUGCGCCAAGCUGCUUCUACAAUAUGGAGCCUACAUUAACAACCAGACAGAGGACGAGGGGCUCACUCCAUUACAUGUGGCAGCACGCCAUGGUUUGCUGGAAAAUGUGGACCUUUACCUCCGCCAUGGAGCUACCAUAGACAAGAGAGAUGUACAAGGAGAGACGCCAUUAAUUGUCGCCUGCAGCCAGCCCCAGUCACCUACAGAAUUGGAGAGAUACCAUCAGGUGUGCCAACGCCUCAUUCAAGGGGGGGCCAACAUCAAAGCCCGAGACAAUGACCAGCAAAGCCCACUGCACCUGGCAUGUAAGAGCGCCAACCCCCAGGUGGUGGAGAUGUUGUUGGCACAUGGGGCAGAGGUGAACACAAUGAGUUACAGUGGGAACACCGCUAUGCAGAACAUACUACAGGUCACCUCCUACAAGCUGCAGAACCAGCCAGAAGUCAUUGUGCGGGCCCUGCUGAACCAUGGAGCCGUACGGGUGUGGCCAGGAGCACUCAUCAAGGUCCUGCGUUAUUGCUAUUCGUCCCCGCGCACGGUGGAGGUUCUGCUGAACACGUACAGUAAGCUGAAAGGAACAGAGGACUGGGCUGAGGCUGUACCAGAGGAAGAGCAACGGAAACACCCUCGGUUCUUCCAGUCGGUUUUCUCGCUGUCUCGCAGCCCCCGGUCUCUGCAGCACCUCUGUCGCUGCGCUCUGCGAUACCAUUUAGAGGGAAGACUCGCCCAGUCGCUACCCAGGUUGCCACUACCCCCUUCACUCUUACAGUUCCUGCAGCUGCGUUUUGAAGGUGUUCUGUAUUGACUGUUCCGCCGACCUCAUAGCACGCGGCCCUUGUGUGUCCUGAACCGGGUGUUAUAUGAUCUAGAGAUGGUAUAGUAUCAACCUCACAAGUGCCUGGUCUGUUCUCUUCACUACAUAAAGGCUAUUCCGCCCAUCAGCCUCCAUCCAUUGCUUCAGAGGCAACUCGCUCCCCAGCCCGUAUCCCGUGAUUACCUCCUUCUGGACCAAGGUCAUAAAACUCUCCAGGACAGUCCCAGAGGACGCCCGACUGACUCCUGGAUUCUGACUCCUGGAUUCUGACUCCUGGUACUUCGCUGGGUUUCUACUGUAUUUGGUAGAAUCAAAAAAUCUCUUCUCCAACAACACAGCCAAAGCCCUGACCUCUGUCACUGGAAGUCACCUACUGUGCACUCGGUGGCGGAGCAGGCUGUGCACGUCCAUGGAAGACAUUGCCCUGCCAUUUCUCUGAUUCCCACACCUCCAUGUGCUGCAAUGCAGGGUCGCAGCAUCACCCCUAUAGGAAGUCUCCUAUCCCAUAGCCCAGGUAUCCCCCACCACACACACACACACGUUGUUUUUCUAUUAUAACCUUCCAACCCUCAGACGGCACUUUUAUGUAUGAAUGUGUGAAUCUUUCUCUAUCACAUGUAAUUGCACUUUGUCUGGUUUGCAUAAUAAAGAAUGAAUAAAAUAAAA